AUGUCGCUGCUGCAGCCCAUGGGAGGCGGCGCAGAAGUACGCUACCUAAACGACGUAAGAAAGUGCAUUCGUGACGCCAUCAAACACGUCUGGGACAAGAACGCGAUGGUUUGUCCAAAAAUCGAGCGACGGUUCUUACAGCACCAGAAGGAAUAUCACAGUCCCAACAACGAUAUGGCUUGCGAGACCUUUUGCAUUGGUGCAAAAAGUCCUCCAAACAAAGGAUUAUUAAAAAACCAAACAGAGCCAGAGCCGUCCAUAAAGGAUUCGCCAACAAACAUACGCUUAAGAGUAGGUAAAUGUUGCGAUCGAAGUACAAGUCUUGAAGAACAUAUGAAUACCGCAUCUUGCUGUCAUUUGUGUAAAGAAGAACAAGAAUAUUCCGUUCAGCUACUUAAACAAGUAAUGGACUGGCAGCAGGAAAUACCACUAAACGCCGAUUGCUCUGAAGAAGAUAAAGGUAAACGGCAACAGAUAAUAAGAACACUGGUAAAGUCAUUACUGAGAUUUAAAGGUAUGGAAGACAAACAAAAAGAAGAAAUUAAAAACGUUCUAGAUAUAAUGCCAAUGUGGCGACCUGUUGAUAGCUAUGACCGUGAUCUGUUUAUAAAUAAUCUUAUAGAAAAUCUUAUAAUUCGUAUGUCCCUUUUAAAAGAUGAAGACAACAGUUUAAAAACAAUUGUCAAUGAUUGGAUUGAUAAGUUUUUCUUUAAGCAAAAAACACUCGAUAAAAGAGUUGUAAGAAGAAACGAUAUUUUAAAUAAAUUUAUGGUCAAAAUUGCAUCUCUGAAAUUAAACGAAAAAUCAAAUAAGAACGAAUAUAACGAGACUAUUCGAUCCCAAGUUACUGAUUUGUUUAAAAAACUUCUUGUUCAAAUUCCCGAUAUAAAAUUUGUUAAUAAAGCUGCAGAUGAGUUAAUACAUGAAUUAAAUAAAGUUCUCAGUAAGAAAUGUGACACACUUAACCGUAAAUAUGGAACAAGCAUGGAAGUUAUGCCAGAAACAUCAAAAGCACUUUUGGAUAUGAACAUAGAUAAAAUUUUUGAAAAUGGAAAUAUUGUCCAAAAAACAACUGCCCAGAAUAAAGUCAAAGAUGAUAUAAAAAAAAUAAUUGAAAUUACUAAAACAAAUAAUUUGGAUCCGAGAACUGAAAGUCUAUUGAUGGAAGCACUUAUAAUGAAAGUAAAAGCUUUGUCUUCAUCGAUGUGUUCAAAUUCAGAUUUCAUGAAAAAUAAUACUAAUAAGAAUCCCAACAUGCAAGAUAUUAUCAAAAUGAAAGUAAAACAAGUUGUGGAUCAGUUACCCUUGGCUAUUAAAAGCGUAUUAAAAGAUGAAAUUGUUGACGUUAUUUCCAAAAAAAUGGGUACAGAGUCGUCACUUAAAUUGCCUAAAUCAUUAAAAGAGGAAAUUCGAAGUUACGUGAGAGAGCUAGUAGCUGGUGUACUCAAAGCUAACGCUGGGGACAUGAGAAAUCAGAAGAAAUUCCAAAACGACUUAACAAAUCUAAUUGCGGACCAAAUAGUAAGAUGUGAUAAUACUAGCAACUUCAAGGAGAAAGCGUACACUUUAUUAAGCGAAGCAAAUUUAUCUAAGAGUGAAGUAGAGGAUGUUUACAAUUCUCUCUUAAGGCACACCAUUGACAUGUCGUUAAGUUUAAAACAUAAAACGCAUCUGUCGUCAACUUUAUCAAGAGAUGAAACUACUAUGAAACGGACAGACCAAUACGAUUUGAAACCAACAGAAAACGAAGUUAUUAGUUUCAUAAGCCAUAUUAGUAGCAAUUUAAAUUCAAACUUAAAGGAAAAGUUGAUGAUAUCUGCAAAUCAAUUAGCUGAAAAAAUGGAAAAGAUAAUUUCUGACGUUAAAUAUACCACUAGAGAAAAAGAGGAAAUGCUAGCCAAACUAGUUUUUAAUUUUUUUAGAAGCCAUGGCUUGCCAACAGAUGAUUCCUCCAAGCAUAGAAUUAUAAAAUGGAUCCAGAGAUUUUUAAAGUCUCCGCUAGAAGCAUCCACUCCGAAAAAAAUGUUGACUGAAAAUUACAUUACAAACCCAACAUUAUCAUCAAUUCAACAAGAUGAUGACAAUUUUAAAACUCUAUCCCAGGGCUCUCUUGUCCAAAUUUAUGAAAACCCAUCAUUAAAUAUAAUAUCACAUGAAGUAGUAAAAUGCAUUGAGAGAAUACCCUCAGCUCGCAUGAUUUCCCAUGAUAGAAAUUAUCAUAAAAUAGUCGCUAAAGAAAUUGCACAACGAUUACGAGAGGCAGCUAAUCAAAGCUCAAAUCCUGAAAUGGUCCUAAAACAGACAGUAAUACGGUGGUUACCGAAACUAGUAAAGAAACCCAACGAAACCGAAGUAACCUGGAUGACAUCUAUCUUAAAAAAAAUAAUAGAAGACAAAGAAUUGUCUGAGUUCUCUACACGGCCUGGAUAUCAGCGUCAUUACAUGGGUCACUCACCAAUCACACCGGCUUCUGAAUAUACAAAUCAAUGUUCGGAAGCAUUCAAAAACGUUAUCAUGAACUGGUUGAAAGAAACGUCCCUGUAUCAAAACCGAAAUGUCCAUGAAAAAAGAUUUCAAGAAAAUUUGGUAUCAGACCUUGCCCAAGAUUUAGAUCGAGUUAUUGGUGACACUGAAAAAACUAUUAAUGACGACACUAUACUCAAAUUAUUAGAAACUAAAGUAAAACAAUUCCCAAUGGAUGCAAAUCAAAAAUGUGAUAAGAGUUAUCAUAGAAGUUUGGCAAUAGAAAUUUUAAAACAUUUAAAAGAUGCACAAUUAAUACUUAGUCACAGAAGUACUUCAUUAGAUGAGAUAACCAGACAUGUACUGCGAUGGAUUAACAAAAUACCACAAGACCGUAUUAUUUCUCAGGAUAUAAAACAUCAAGAAGCAAUAGCAAAAGAAAUUGCUAAGCGAGUAUUUGAAACAAAAAACAAAACUCAGAACCCUGAUUUAGCUCUUGAAUGCGAAGUACUGCGAUGGUUGCCUAAAAUUGUUAAAGAGCCUACAGAAACAGAACUACACGGUUUGAAAGGCAAUUUGAAAAAAAUUGUAAAUCAUGAUGCUUCUAUGAAUGGUUUGCUGACAGAAACGAAUCAAUAUGUAGACGCUUUAAAGUACGCUCUUAUGAAUUGGUUAAAAGAUUCAGAAAUGUAUCCCAGACGUAACAAACAAGAUGAAUUGCGCCAAGAAACUGUUAUGGAAAAUCUCGCAUUAGAUUUAGACCGCAUAAACAAUAAUUUACCACCCAAUCAAAAUAUAGAUUUUGAAAGAUAUAUAUUAAAAAUGAUAGAAUCUCGACUCAAAGAAUUACCAUUGAACCCAAGAGUUCAAAAUACUGACAAUUGUAAUUAUACAAUGUCUAUAGAUCUAUUGAAUUACUUAAAAGAUCUGAAUAUGCUUCGGAGCAUACGAAAAACUCCCGAUGAAUCAAAAAAGAAUGUAGCCUUUUGGAUUGAGAGCUUGCCACUGAAAUGGACUAUUAGCACACACGACGCUAGAUCGACAGCUGAUAGGAUUUAUUCCAUUUUGUCUGAUUAUUUAGAUAAUGAUUUACGAUCAACUCAAUCAAAUAAAAAUAUUAAAAGUAUCGUAAUUAAUGUGCUCAGAGACUUGCCCCUAAGAGAAGAUUUCAAAAACGAAAAGAAAUUAGAAAUAUUGGUAGAAAAUUUAUUUAUAAUAUUGAAACAUCAUACAAAAGAUACUUACGGAACAAAUACUUCUGUAAAUAUAGCUUAUUCUGGUAAUAAUAGUACAAAUUUAUUGGCAACAGAACUAGCGCAUAAAUGUGCUUACAUUCCGAUUGAUUCAGCACAAGGUCCAGAAGAUGCAAGAAAAGUUAGAGAUGAACUCGUUUCUGGAUUAGUUAAUAUGGUUAAGAAACAAAAUUUAAAUUAUGCUUUGAUAAAUGGGGACACAGUUCAUGAAACCAGAAUUACCGAAAACAUACUUCAAAUACUAUACAACAAUGAUCAAAUGAAUAAAGUACAUAGGCAGUCUCUACAACAAGUAUCGAGAACUUUACAAAAUAAUAAUGUACGAACAGUGGAUAAAUUAGACAAACAAACAAGUAAUAUCAACAAAGAAGCCAAAGAUACCUUCACUUAUGAUUUACCUGUAGAAGACGGAGAUAGUUUCGUUCGUGAUAAUUUUAAGGAAUCUUUCCGUGAAUACGUAAGAUAUCAACAAGUAAAUACAGGUAACAAAGAUGUUCAAGUUAGUGGACCUUCAAAUUCCAUUGACAAUCAAAUAAAUGCAAGGCCCGAUUUGAUUUGUGGAAAGAAUAGAAUUGAUUUUCCCUCUUGUUCAGAAUUUAAUUGUUGCCUUCCGAAUGUUACUGACAGUUGUUUAGAUACUCUCACAUGUCCAAAGCAUAUUAAAACAAAGUGUGCACAAACUGAAAAAGCAUGCGACUUAUCUCCGCGCAUUAUCGUUAAAGAGUACUACUGGGAUUCAAAUGACAAUGAUAUGGUAAGCUCACACCAAGAGUUAAAAGGUAUACAUAACGAGUUGCGACGAACUGUGCCAUCGUUGCCGUUCUGUAAAGUCGAUUUACCCGCACCUCGCUGUAGAUCUCGUAGACAAUGUUUGCAAAGCCCCUGUAUAUCACAUAUUUCCAUGGCUGAAGGUAACAUAGCAAAUUUCCCAAAGAACCAGCCAUCAGUCGAAGAAGAAAUUUGGGCGACAAGAAAAUUACCUAUGACAAGAUAUAGACAGUCCAACAUAAGUUUGGGAAGAAAUAUCGACAGACCAGAAGUUCUACUCAAGCCGGUUUCCGAAUCAAAGACUAAAAGACAGAACUUUUGUAACGAUCAAAUUGGAUACGGUAUAUUUGAUGAAGACAGAAGGUGCAGUAAGGAUUAUUGUUUGACUCCUGAGUUGACAGAGCGUGGUAGCGUCACAAGACCCCAUAUGAACCCGGCUAAUGAUGUAGGAUACUCAUUAGCACAAGACAGAGAUGAAAAACAGAAAUGCAACUGUUAUGGAUACGUGAACCAAAAAAUUAUAGGCGGACCUUCGCUUGAGUCCAGUGGAGUGGUGAGCCAUCACAGCCAAUGUCCUUGCAAUAUAAAUAACUGCGUCAAGUGUCGAGGUGGAAUCUGUCUUCAUCCGAGUAACAUUUACUUUAAUUAG